CUACGUACCACGUUAAGCAGGGCAUACCCCAGUCCCUAAUUAACUGACAAAUUGGCAAAGCCCAAAAAGGAUAAUGACAGAUUAAAUUAACAGUAUUAAUUCACAGUAUAUUCAGCAAUUGUUACCUAAAAACACACAAGAGACGCGAUGAGUUCCACAGGCGACGUUAAAUUUCAAUAUCUGGCUGCCAUAUUCGUUAAUAUAGUGUCCAUCUCUUUUGGCGCGUAUUGCGGUUGGACCUCAUCCAGUUUUCUAGAUCUAAGCAGUGAUGAGAGUCCGCUGGAGACGGGACCAUUGACCGAUCAGGAUAAGGGCAAUGUAGCAGCUGUUCUCUGUCUGGGCGGCCUCGUUGGCAAUGUGUUCUUCGCCUGGAUGGCUGAGAGAUGUGGUCGAAAGAUUUCCAUGUUGUGGGUAACGCUGCCAUCACUGUUGGGUUGGGUAUUGAUUCCUUUUGCUAGAAAUCCCACACAUCUCAUAGGGGCCCGCUUUUUGGGUGGCAUGGCGGGUGGAGGAGUCUUUGGCGUGAUUCCCAUUUACACGGCCGAACUGGCCGAGGACAGUGUGCGUGGCAUCUUGGGCACUUUUCUCGUUUUAACUUGCAACGCAGGCGUUCUUCUUGCCUUUGUGCUGGGCUACUUCUUCAACUAUGCCACUGUGGCUUGGAUUGUGUCCACUUUAUCCAUUCUCUUUCUAGUGUGCUUCUGGUUCAUGCCGGAGACGCCACAGCAUCUGAUGAAUCGACAGAAGCCACAGGAGGCAGAGCACGCAUUGCGCUAUUAUCGUAACAUACGAUCACGUCAGUCCAAGGAGCUUAGCGAGGAGUUGCAGCUGGAGCUGCACAAGCUGCGAGCACCCGAGAAUCCAGAAAAAUGCUGCGAUGAUGUGGAUGAUAGUGUCGUGACUUGGGCAGACUUUGUUGCUCCUACAUCACGCAAGGCGUUGCUCAUUGGACUCGGAUUGGUGACCUCUAACCAGGGUUGUGGAUGCUUUGCCAUGCUCAACUAUACGGCUUUCAUCUUUGACGAAUCCGGUUCCAGCUUGUCACCAACUAUAGCAGCCAUCAUUGUAGGCAUCAUACAGGUGGUGGGCAACAUUGUAGCAACCACGUUGGUGGAACGUGCUGGAAGGAAGUUGUUGUUACUUAUCUCGGCAGCUGGAAUCUGUCUUAGCCAGGCGACAAUGGGCGCGCACGGUUAUCUAAAGACUUUGGGCUAUGAUACGAGUGGUUUUGAUUGGGUUCCCGUUGCGGCCUUCUCCUUUAUGCUCUUCAUCGCCUCCUGGGGACUAUUAACGCUGCCCUUUCUCGUCAUCGCUGAGAUAUUGCCGCCAAAAAUUCGGAGCACGGGCAAUAUGAUUUUAAUGGGCAUUAUGUGGCUCUUGUCGAUGACCACCAUCAAGCUCUUACCUCUGCUGAGUACCAUGUGGGGCAUACAUGCAGUUAUCUCCAUCUUCUCCAGUGUUUCACUUUGCGCCGCUUUGUUUAUUGCUCGGUUUGUGCCCGAAACCAAAGGCAAAACCAUUGAGACCAUUUUAGCCAACUUAUAGUCAUUGUUGUGUUACUUAUAAGAUAUUUUAUUAUUAUUAAAAUUUCUACGAAUGUUA